AUGACAAACCGCGAAAAGAGGCAACUGGAAGAGGUUUACGGUCUCAUUUACGAUGGCCUAUCUCCUCAGAGUUAUGGGAAUAUGCCACCAUGCAUGCUUCAAGCAAUUGAUCAUCAGGGUAGUAUCAUUUCACUUUACGCUUUGAAAAAUAGGUCGAUGUCAAUUCAGGAUAAACAAGCUGCAGGCGAUAGUAUGGAGUUUUUGAAAAAUAAGCGCAUAGAGCUAGGAAAUGAGGCAUUCGAAAAAAAAUCACGAAGUGGCACACCAUUUGAAGAGGCUUAG